AACUGACUUCAGGGUAAUACAGUAAAGUGAAACUGUCCUGGCCAGGUACUGUAGGCUAUAUAAAGUAAUCGCCUCAAGUGAUUAUCACUGAAGUGAAAGAAGAUAGUCAUACAGAAACACUACUAGACAAGCGCACAAUCAGCUAUGUCGCCAAACAACAAGUGGAUAGGGAGGGGCCUGCAUGCCAGCCUGUUGUACCUGGUUUUAUUUGUGUGCCUGGUGCGCACCGCUACUCUGGACGAAGAAGAUAUUGAGAUUGAUGAUGAGGAGGAGGAAGACCUGGAGUAUGAAUACAGUAUAAAACAAGACAGAUACACCUGUGGAAGCGAUCAAACUGGUCAGUAUCCAUUCUGUAAGGACAAGGAGCAGGUCAUUCACCACUACGUCGACACAAGGGAUGAGUGUGGAGAGACAGAUUUCAAGAAAGUGCGGGGGGAAAUGCAGCUGAUGAUCCAGGACCGACGAAAGAAGAUGAAGGAGAUUGUACACUCUGCAAAACUCAUCGAGAAAAAUGUGGAGAGGGAGAAAGAGGACACUUUGCUGUUCCUGACUGAAGUGACACGGCUCAUUCAGAAGACCUAUGUAGAUGUCAUUGAGGAGAUCGAAAAGAAGCAGAAAGCAUCAACAACCAUGGCUAUAGAGCACAUUCUAGAGCUAACACAGGAAAUCUCUAAACUACAGGAGAGAAGCUCUGAACUGGAGCGGCUCUCACACAUUGAGGACCACCUUCACCUUCUCCAGAUGUUCCCGUCCCUGUGUACCCCACCGGCCACCAUUGACUGGUCUGAGGUCAGCAUUCACAGUGAUCCAAGUGUGGGGUCUAUGAGGAGAGCUGUGAACAAGCUGAGAGAAGCACUCAAUAGUGAAGAGAGCAGGCUGUCUGCAGCUGAGUUGGGAAGGAUUAAGACGUGUGCUGUGGAUGUGACUCUGGACCCUGACACAGCACAUCCGUACCUCAUCGUCUCUGAAGACGGGAAACAUGUGAGAAUUGGAGAUGUCCGGCAAAAUGUCACAGAUGGCCCUGAAAGGUUUAAUUCAGUUGUUAAUGUCCUAGCAAAGGAGGGCUUCUCCUCAGGGAGAUUCUACUAUGAGGUGCAGGUGAAAGGUAAGACUAGGUUGGAUUUAGGAGUGGCCAUAGAGUCCAUCAACAGGAAGAGUGGGGUCACCCUGAGCCCUGGCCAUGGAUACCUAGCUAUAUGUCUGAGGGAUGGGGAUAGGUAUGUAGCUGCUGAAAGCCCUGCUAUCCUCAUCGCUCUUAGCCAGAAGCCCCAGAAGAUAGGGGUUUAUGUUGAUUAUGAACAAGGCCAGGUCUCCUUCUAUGAUGUGGAUAACAGGUCUCAUAUCUACUCCUUCACUGAUUAUUCUUUCAAUAAGAAACUCUAUCCCUUUUUUAGCACUGGCACCGACGACGACGGUGAAAACUCAGCCCCAUUAGUCAUUACCCCAGUCAAUCAACAACUGAGUAUUAAUUUCUUCACUUUUGAAAAAGCCUGAAAAUUGAUAAAAUACAACUUACAAUGUGUAUAUACACUGAGUAUACAAAAUAUUAGCAACACCUUCCUCAUAUUGAGUUGCACCCUACACUUUUGCCCUCAGAACAGCCUAAAUUCAUCAGGGCAUAGACUCUACAGUGUCGAAAGCGUUCAACAGGGAUGAUGGCCCAUGACUCCAAUGAUUCCCACAGUUGUGUCAAGUUGGCUGGAUGUCAUUUGGGUAGUGGACCAUUCUUGAUACACACGGGAAACUGUUGAGCGUGAAAAACUCAGCAGCGCUGCAGUUCUUGACACACUCGCGCCUGGCACUUACCACCAUACUCUGUUCAAAGGCACUUCAAUCUUUUGUCUUGCCCAUUCACCCUCUGAAUGUCACACAUACACAAUCCGUGUCUCCAUUGUCUCAAAGCUUACAAAUCUUUCUUUAACCUGUCUCCUCCCCUUCAUCUACACUGAUUGAAGUGAUGUCAAUAAGGUAUCAUAGCUUUCACCUAGUCUAUGUCAUGGAAAGAGCAGGUGUUCCUAAUGUUUUGUACAAUCAGUGUAUUGAGGCCGUCAGAGUUAGUUUACAUUUUGUUAUUAAUUGUAUUGUCUAAAUGCGUUCAAAAUAAAUUGAAAACAUCAAAAAUACAUAUCAUAUACACCUAAAAAAGUUGUGAUGUCAAAACAAGGCUAAAGAAAGUGUGCUUUAUCAAUUUACCUGAUUUUGUUUGGACAAAAUCAAGACUUCAAUAUUCUUGUAAUGCUUUUUGUAUAAAAUAAUCUUAAAUUACAGCUCAAUUUGAGCUAAUUCUGAAUAUGCAAAUAAUUGUGAUUUAUCACAGCAAGUCCUGCGAUUAAUUAUACUUAAAAAUGGUAUUGUUUCACGGCCCUAGUAUCUGUAGAAUAUCAUUAUAUAUCAAUGUUUAGGGAAGCACAUUGGGAAAGCACUGUGUUACAUCAAAUCAGAUCAUACUUUUUUGUUGCAAGUUGUUUCAAAUGUCAUAUUUCAAAAUGUCUCUCCAGUUUUCCCCUUCUUGAAGAAAUUAAAGGUUAUAAAUUACA